UUCACUCUCUCUCUCUUCACACACAACACUUUACUAGCCGUUUGAAACGUCUUCUUUCUCUCUCUACAAUUUCAAACCCGAAAACCAGAGAGAGAAAGCUUCAGAGAUUUCUAACAAUGGCAACCAAUAUUGGUAUGAUGGAUGGUGCUUACUUCGUCGGUAGAUCGGAGAUCUUGGCUUGGAUCAACUCCACUCUCCAUCUCAGUCUCUCCAAAGUCGAAGAGGCUUGUUCUGGUGCGGUUCAUUGUCAACUUAUGGAUGCGGCUCAUCCAGGAAUGGUGCCGAUGCAUAAAGUCAAUUACGAUGCCAAGAGCGAGUAUGAGAUGAUCCAGAAUUACAAGGUUCUUCAAGAUGUUUUCAACAAACUCAAAAUCACUAAACAUAUUGAGGUGAACAAGCUAAUUAAAGGAAGACCGCUUGAUAAUUUGGAAUUUAUGCAAUGGAUGAAGCGCUACUGCGAUUCCGUCAAUGGAGGUGGAAGUCAUAGUUACAAUCCAUUGGAAAGGAGAGAAGCUUCAAAGGGAGGAAAAGAAGCAAGUAAGAAAGGUGCACAAUCACAGACCUCAUCGAAAGGCAGUUCGGCUGCCUCUAAAUCACAAGGCUCCCAUAAUGGUAGAAGAACUGAGGCUGCUGCAAAUGCUGUGAAUGCCGCAAAUCAAUCUGGAAGAACCUCAAGGCCUUCUUCUAGUGGAGGCCUCUCAAGGCCUUCUUCUAGUGGAGGCCCUGCUUGCCCUGCUUAUGAUGAACAGAUCACCGAAUUGAAACUAUCAGUCGAUAGCCUCGAGAAGGAGAGGGAUUUCUACUUUGCAAAGUUAAGGGAUAUCGAAAUUCUGUGUCAAUGCCCACAAAUUGAAAACCUCACUGUUGUUGGUGCUGUUAAGAAGAUUCUUUAUGCCACAGAAGAUAGUGCAUCAGUUGUGGCUGAAGCUCAAGCCAUGGUGUCUGAAAAUAAUGGCAAGGAAGUGGAUUUCUUGAGCCCAAUUCCAGAGGUUUCAGAGGAAAGAACAACAAGUUCAGAAAAUCAAAAGAGAAAAAGUAUUGUCAACAUUGAUUUUGAGUCUGCUGGGAUUACUUCAUUGUCUCCAAGGCAAAGGAUCUCAGAUGUUGCUGAUGUUCAUGGCAAUGUGUCACCCCUUAUGACAUACUGAUUGAUGAUCAUGAUCAUUUUUUUAAUAAGCAAAAUAUAUUCUCAUUUUCUCUGUGUUUGGAUAGACUACUAAGACAAAGGAAAAUGUCUCAAUGAUUUUUGUGGCAUAUAUAAUAGUAUGUUGUCUCUUAUUAAGAAUGUAUAACAAUUAAUUCUUUUGCAAUCUUCUCUCUUUUGUUACAAA